UACUUUGAGAACUUUUACUCGAGAAGACCCUGCUGUUUGAAAUCUUGAGAGUAUUUUAAAUCUGUUAUUAGAACUUUGAUAAGCUAUGAUGAACAUUGAGAGAAUUUUAGUUAAUUAGAUCGAACCAGUUUAAGGAUGUUGCAUGUUUCAUAUGAAUAUGGAUAGAGAUCAAGUGAUAACCACUUGAAUCUAUUACUAAAUAUGUUGAAAGCAAUUACACUGCAGACAAUUAGGUUGCAUUGUUUACCAUAAGGUUAUAAAAAGAAUGAAGUUAAUUCCUCUCAAAUUGAAUUUCCAUCCAGUGAAUAAGUUGGUGAUUAACAAUAUUGUUACAAAGUGAUGUUUCUAUUAAUUUUUACUUGUCUCUUGGUCAACUCCUGUUUGACUUUAGCACAUCCAACAGGAAUCAUUUCUCAACGUGAUUUUGAAAAUGUUUGCGAAAAGGUUGGUUCAUUAAUAGCUUCUGGUACUAAAGCAGAUGAGGUGACAAAAAUAGUCACCGAGCAGUUGAUCAAUAAAUAUGGUGCUCCGUCUAAACCAGAACCUGGAACUGAUGAACCAGAUAGAGAUUCAAUGGUUGCUCAUACCCAAGGUUUCUGGAAUCAUAUUGUUCAACUAAUUGUCAACCUAUUUGUUGUGGAGCACAUGGUUGUUAAUAUAGCUUAUGCUGAGAAUGUAAAUAUGCUUGUAUUGGGUAAAAGAUCAACUGAUAAUUUAAAUAACCAGCCACAUUCAUCUCUUAAAAAUGGAUCAGCAAUUUGUGAGCAAUUGACUUUCCCUUCCAAAUUGGAUUUAGGAAACCAAAAAGAGGCAACUCAAAUCCUAGAUAAACUGUCAUUUGACACUAAAAAUUUGAUCGAUAAUUUGUUUUCAAAUUUAAACAGACUUGGAAAACAAUCAUAAAAGAUAUUUGUCCAUUAAAAAUUUACAAUUAGUUAUUAACCAUAUCAAUCAGUUCAAGCUUAUUAUAUUUAAAUAAUUCAAGAAUAAAUUAUUUUUCGA